ACUGUAGCUGGACUGUAGCCGCGUAACUGACUAACAAUAGAGAGUAACAGAGUCGAAGCAGACUGUAGUAAUACCCGGACUAUACAUGUAUACUGUUAUACCAUCUCUAUAUGACUAAAGAAGAACCCUGAGGAUAUAUAUACUUGUACCAAUAUACUUGUCGAUAUAUUCCACAUUUUCUCAGCUAUGAUCGAAGAUGAAGCUAAAAAAGGCUCCACGGCUCCUCAAAUCGCUAUGAUGUACCCGUGGCAAACCUUUCCCUAUCAGCCUGGAAAUAUGAGCCCAGCCAUUACCCCUCUACCCGUCAUGCCCUCUAGUUUAGCUAAACAUCCACAAAUGUGGUCCAAAGAAGAGGUUGGAGUCUGGUUAAAAUGGUGUGUUGAGGAGUAUUCCAUAUCACAGAUUCCCAAUGACAAAUUCAACAUGAAUGGUAAAGCCCUAUGCCUGUUGGUAAGAAGUGAUUUUAUGGAGCGUGUUCCUGAUGUUGGAGACAUCCUGUACAACGUUCUGCAAAAGCUGAUCAACAGGAACUCUGGUCCGAUGUUGUAUCAGCCACUUCCCACAUAUCCGGCCAUCACUUCCGGUAACACAGGAUACUCGCCGUGCAGCGUACCUGCGACUCCUCGACCAGACAAUACCUUUCUGGUCGUCCCUGGCAACACGUCCUCGCGACCAAGGAUCCCUCAACCACGUUCCAACUAUAUACCGAUCUUACCUGACCUGAAGAAGGCGUUACACUCAAGAGAAAGUAACCCGAAAUAUCCCCUUUCUGUGGCAGCAUACAGACUGCCUGUGUCCAGCCCUCCCGACACUGUCCUGAGUCCGGCACCCAGUGCUGGUUCCGACAGUGGACAAUCCGACCACCGAUCUGAGAAUGCAUCACCACCCGCUGGUAUAGAGGGCGGAUCAGAUAUUUACCUGGAGACGCGAAAGGCGUCGAUGUUUGCUGACAGUGGAAUGGAAACAGAUCAAGCCCGGACGACACCGAACUCCGGAUACCAAAGAAAUGUGGCUGAUGUUAACCAAGUGUGGCCAGAAAAAAAUACCGAUUCCAAAACGAGAGGGACUGGCUGUGACUUAUUUUGUGGGGACCUAGGAACAUUAGGCUUCAGUUCGAAUUUCAAUUAUAGACAUACAAACGCAAGAACAGGAGACUGCCGGCUGCUAUGGGAGUUCAUCAACUAUCUGUUGGUACAUGAGCGUUACACGGACUACAUCAGAUGGGAGGAUGCCGAAAAGUUGACCUUUAGAAUCAUCAACCCGACUGCUCUGGCGGAACUCUGGGGUAUUCAGAAAAACCGGACCAACAUGACGUACGAAAAACUGUCCCGGGCGUUACGCUAUUACUACAAGAUGAACAUAAUUAAAAAGGUUCCAGGGAAAAGACUUACAUAUCAAUUUCUUCAACAACCCAAAGAUAUUAAGAAAGGCCAAAGAGGAGCACGACCCCAGGUUCGACCUCCCACCACCCAAUACCCUUACCCCGGCAGAAUGAGUGAGGUUUCCGCUAAAGACCACACGCUCACCGAUGAGACCACGUACAACCACAAGCGUAUGUACUUGGAACGGCCGUUCAACGAAGAGCCUGAGCUUAACGAUGAAAGAUCGUUUAAGUGCGACUCUUCUCCGUUUGGAGAGAAACCAGCUUUCUCCGCGUCCCCUUCCCCUCCGAGUUUGUCUUCUGAAAGAUCUUCGAUAGACUCCGUCAGUUACAACGGCACAGCGGAAGUUGUCACAUUUCCGGUUCAAGAUGAACCGGAGGAUUUGUCGGUUAAAGUUUUGCUGCAAGACAAAAUAACCAUAAAGAGGGAGGCGGUGGUUAUGCAACAUGACGUAAACUUAAACUUUAAGAAAGCUUUAAAUGAGUACAAUGAUGUCUUAUCUCCGGUGGCAUCCACAAAGGAUGAGCAAGUAAAUGGGGAGAACGCGGAAAUGGAAGCUAAGAGUUGACGAAUAUGCAGAGAGGAUAGCACCCUAAUGCCUUUGGCUGUGUACGAAACGGCCGUUUAUAAUUGCGAUGAAAACACAACAAAAUGUUACAUCAAAAUGGCUGGCCAUUUUGACCUAUUACUUGGAAUUAUGCAAUGCAAAUGGAAAAGAUUUUAGGAUUUUAUAUUUUUAGCCGAUCAUGCAAGAUAUUGUUUAUGGCUAUAUACAAGUCUGUUUUUGUGUACAUCGUGUGUAUAUAAUAUACUUUGUCGAGAAACUUUUGAAGUUGGACGAUUUGUUAUAUCUGUUUCCAUGAAACGUGGAAAUUGAAUAUUUUAUUUUCUAUAAUAAAUUUAAAAUAUAUAUUUUA